AUGAUGGGCGAAAAUGGGUGCCAAGCCCCACCCUCUCCACAUUGUCCUCACCAUGGUCUUCCUGCACUUUCUUGUGCCCAUCGGCAGGACCUCUGUCCUCCCUUUACCCUCCCUGCCGGGCAGGCUGUGAACACGAUGGCAACGCCAAACCUGCUCCUCCCCGUGUGCGUGUGGCUUCUGGCCGGCAGUCUUUUCACGGAGGCGACCUACUACCGGCACCACCGCUACAUCCCCCACUUCUACCGCUACCGGGAGCACUCGGCCAACACGGAAAACCUCCUCCCAGACGUCUCCAACCCGGUCCCUGAAGUCACCCAGUCCGGCGCCCCCACGUACCCCGAGGUCCCCGAGGUGUUCCACCCGGCCCCUGACGCCGCGCACCCCAUCCCGGAGGCUUUCCACCCGGUACCCGAAGUAGUGCAUCCUGCAGCCGAGACUUACCUCCAGCCUCAGGUGCACCUCCCCGAGCCAGAGGUCUCCCCCCCGGCCAGCCGCGUUUUCUUUGGGAUCAUGUUUGACGCAGGGAGCACCGGCACCAGGAUCCACAUCUACAAAUUCAUUCAGAAAGACCCCGUUGAGCUGCCAGUUCUGGACAAUGAAAUGUACCAUGCAGUGAAACCCGGACUUUCUGAAUAUAAAGACAACCCCGAAGAGGGUGGCAACACCAUCCGGCAGUUACUGAAGAUUGCCAAGAAGACAGUGCCGGAGGAGGAGUGGAAAAGAACGCCCGUGGUCCUCAAGGCCACAGCGGGUCUGCGCCUGCUGCCGGAAGAAAAGGCCAUUGCCCUUCUGAAGGAGGUACAAGAGGUGUUUGAAGAGUCCCCGUUCUUUGUGCCAGACAACAGUGUUUCCAUCAUGAAUGGAGCGAAUGAAGGAGUCCUUGCCUGGGUCACGGUGAACUUCCUUACAGGCCAUUUGUACUCCAACACUCGGAGGACGGUGGGGAUUCUGGAUUUGGGUGGAGGAUCUACGCAAAUCACAUUCCUACCAAAGUCAAAGAAAACGAUUCAGUCUGCUCCUCCCACUUACACAGCCAAAUUCAGCCUGUUCAACCAUACUUAUGAACUCUACACACACAGCUACCUCGGAAAUGGGUUAUACGCCGGUCGCCUGGCAACUCUUGGAGCACUGGGAGCAGAUGGACUGGAUUGGAAAGUCUUCACAAGUUCCUGCCUCCCGAAAAAGUUCAGAGAAGAAGUGACUUUUGGAGGAAGCACCUAUAAAGUUAGCGGUAUUCCAGACGGAUAUGCAGGGUAUAAGUUGUGCUACUACGAAGUCAUGAGGGUCGUCAAGGGCAUAUUUCACCAGCCGUAUGAGGUGAAGGGCAGCAGCGUCUUCUAUGCUUUUUCCCACUACUUCGACAGAGCUGUGGAAACCGGCCUCAUCAGCAGUCGAGGCGGUGCCAUUGAAGUCAGGGACUUUAAGAAGAAAGCCAAAGAAGUGUGCAACAAAAUGACCAAAUACCGCGCCAUCAGCCCCUUCCUCUGCAUGGAUAUGACAUAUAUCACUUGCCUGCUAAAGGAGGGCUUUGGCUUCAAGGACAGCACUGUGCUGCAGCUUGCCAAGAAGGUGAACAACGUGGAGACAAGCUGGGCCCUCGGAGCCACUUUUGACUUCUUCAGGGACUUCAACAUCCACUAA